AGACUGGCUCAUAAACUCCGCCAGCAGAACAGUCAGCGCUCGGCGGGAACGUUUGUUUUCAACAUAAACAAGAAGAUGGAGGGGUCGUCGAAUGAUAUAAUAUCCAGCACGACUGAUAAAAUCAAUUUAACUGAAGUCGAGGGUGUUGUCCAGUCAUGGGUGAUCGAUUAUUACUUCGCGGCGCUAUGUCGGCUCUUCAGAGACAGAUCUGCGCUGGAGUUUCGUAAAACUUUGAAACUAUUUGAAAGUAUAGUGGAUGAUCUUGAGUCGUGUUCCCACAGGUCAGAGCACCCCACUCAGAGAACGAUCUGCUGCUUCCUUGCCAGAGUGAUGGACGGGGAAAACCUGGAAGUCCGUUAUGAUCAUGUUUCUCAAAUCACUCCCUUGAUGUCAGCGUUGCCGAUUUGGGAGUCGUUAAAGAAAGUAUCUGAUUCAGACUUGCAUGCUAAGAUCAAGACGCUACUGAUUGUUCAGUCUGUUGCUGUGUGUGUGAAGAAAGGACAUUCAAAGUUGGCAAAUGAAACCCUGCAGUGGCUGGAAAAAGAGACUGAGUUACCAGCGAAACUACAAGGAAAGCUGACCACCAUUGUGAGUAAGAAGGACACGUAUGAUCAGCUCCUGAUGAACUUCACUUUCGACCAGCUUUUGGAGAACAUUGACACAUUCCUCAACACAUUCAGCCAGGGACGUUCCUCCGUUUUCUUAUUCGAAGCAGCAUUAAAAGUGGUUCAAGCCCGUCAUGAGAGAUCUGAGAAAACCUCAUCUGAACAGGAUGGAAGUGAAAGGACUCCAUCCAGCACAGAGUCAAACAAACCAGAAGAAAAUGAGGAACAGGUGGAUCCACUGGUGCUAAAUAUCAGACCCAAAAGGAAACUUUUUUCAAAGCAAAUUCAUGACGUAUGGAAACCUGAAACUGCCAAGAAAGAGCGAACCACGCGCAAGAGAACCUCCAUUUACAAAAUUUCCAGAAGUAGUGUCUGUUCAGAUUUACAAAGCAAUGUUAGUGUGACAAGCCAGUCCAGAAGGAAAUGGACCGCAGAAGAAGACAGGAAGCUGAAAGCAGGUGUGAGGAAGUAUGGGGAGGGCAAAUGGAGAAUGAUCCUGAAUGACUUUGAGUUUGACAACCGCACCGGUGUUAAUCUGAAGGACAGAUGGAGAAUCCUGAAGAAAAUAGAAGACUAUUGAGCUGCCGGCGGCUUCUGCUUUUAGUAUUUAAAGAGCUUUAGAGUUGAAGUUUUCAGUAUUUAAGCUGUUUUCAGUCACUUUUUGAAAGUGUAUUCCUUCUUUCUUUUUUUUCGGUUAAGUUUACGUAAUGCAUUUAUUCACACAAGUGUUUCAGAGUUCAGUGAAUAAUUCCAUUGUUAUGCAUGUAAUUUCACGAAAUAUGUUUGGAAUUCAGGAGCGCCGUUUUGUAAAUUAAAAGUAAAAACUAUUUAGCAGAAGUAUCACUGCUGGAAAAACAGCUUUAGAAGCUUUCUGUUGCUGUUUGUUUGAACUGUAAGACCAACAUUUGUCCAGUAGAGGAUGCAAGUGAGUUUGCAAGUUUUUUUGCCUUAAAUCUGUUCCUAGAGAUUUUCACAGGGGGAAAAAAAACUAAUUUGAAGCUACAACUGUAAAAACUAAAGAACUUUUAAUAAAUGUAUGUGAAAGUGGGA